CAGUUUUUUUUACCUUUUCCUUCUAUGGAAGAAAUAUUGUGUGCUUUUGAAUGUGGUGGAUUUCAUCAAACUUCUCAGCAUGAUAUUGCAAUCUUUCUUUUGUUGUAGUUUUUUACUCGAUAGAUUUUUUGGUUACAAGUUAAUUUACGUCCCCCAUUCCUGUUCCACAGGUUCUUAGAUUAAACAAUUGAAGUCUGAAGGAAAACUUGAAGGUUAGUGGAUGAAACAACUGACUACAUAUGAAAUUUGUUAGUUUUAAUUCAAUAGCAUGAUUUGCGUGGAUUUGUUGGACUGGCAAGAAAAUACAUGAGUUCUGUUGAUAAUGCUGCUUAUUCAUCAUCUUAGGUGGCUAAUCUUUGUAUCAUCCAGUAGUGGUUCAGUAAUAGCUUCUAGAAAUAAUUCUCAGAAGGUAGCUUAUGCGUCAGAGGAUUCUUUGCGUCCAUGCUAGCAGAGAGCAUGCGUUGAAUCUGUGUUUUGGGUGAUGCCCCUGACUGGAAUUUCUGCCGAAGCAUUCAGUGUGUAUCAGAUACACAUUUUACUUGGCUUGGUGUGCAUCGGAUACACAUUUUACUUGCGUUCUCAUGUUCUUAGACAAGGAUUUAUACAGCUCAGUUACUUCAGUGGUCCCUGGAUCAUUGGAAUCACAUUCGUUUUGUUCACCAUUUGGUGGGGUUUUGGUGAAAUUAUACGACUAAAUUUUCUGAGGAAGCAAGGAAGAGUGUUGAAUGCACUUGUUUUAAAAUGGCAAAAAAAAGUCUGCAGAUGUUACAUCAUUUCAAAUUUAGGUUUUGCAGAACCUUGCCUCUUCCUCAUUCUCGUGUUUCUUCUUCGUGUACCUUUACAGAAUAUAGACGUAGCAAUCCUAAGUCGAAAAUGGAACGGUAAAACAACAACAUGUGUUCUCUUUUUUUGCCUCCCGAUGUUUGUUCUUCAACUAUUUCUUGUUUUGAUGGGACCUGAGUUACGAGAUGUUAGGAUAAAGUUACCGCUGUAUUUCACUAGAAUAGCUACCCCAGUGAUUCAAAAUUUUGAUGAUAUAACUCUUUGCACUUACCCUUUAUUGAAUAAUAUUAUUCUCGGGCUUUUUGCGAAUGUCUUGACUGCCUAUUUAUUAUGGCUCGGGAAGCAGAUUUUGAAAUUGGUUAUCAACAAGGGUUUGCAGAAGAGAGUUUAUACAUUAAUUUUCUCGGUUUCAACUUUCCUUCCAUUAAGGGUUCUUUUACCUGGCUUAUCUGUUUUAUCUAAACCAGGGCAAUUUCUGUUUGAAGCUCUUUCAUUCUCAGCUUUCCUUGUCAUGCUAUGUUGUGUUGGGGUUUGUAUUGUAAUUCUUGUAUACUGCCCGGUCGUGGAUUGUCAAGCCCUCGGGAAUCUUAAUGACUUGGAGGCUCGGAGAAGUGUUGUUCUCAACGAUCAUAACGACACCGCUUCACUCAUUGUUAAUCAAGGUCAUCUCGAAGGAAGUGAUGCAAUGAGCCCCAAGCAGGGUUUUAAUGCCUCUACUAAGCGCAGAUCGAUUUCUUUCCGGACUUUUAUAAGAGAUGAGACCUAAACUGAGGCAAUCGUGGAGCUGAACCUCAUUUCUCCUAGCCGGGACUAGGGGUGCACAAAAAAUCCGAAUAUCCGAUUUUGCGAAAAAA